UCUAAGCAAUCAAAGAAGGUCAGUUGCCGGAGAUGUCAUGCGCAAAAGGUCAAGUGUUCCGGCCAAAGACCCUGUUCCCGAUGCCAGUUGGCGGGAUGUGGAGAUGCCUGCACCUACGUAGCCCGCGACCGCAAAGUUCGGGUUGAUGAAAGUUAUCUGGAACAAUUGAUCAAAGACAGCGAGGAGCUUCGGCGGAACCGGCAAAGGGGUGGUGGCAACUCCUCUACCCUCGACAAGAGCGACUCAAACACCCGAAAUCCGCUGCUGCAAGACCAGGCAUGGUUCCAGCCCUAUGAGGGAGAUACCCUUCCUGUCUUUGUGUCCGAAGCAGCUUGUACGGGUUUUGCGACGCGCCUGUGCCAGUGCCUCGAUGGCGACAGCGCUCCAGUUUCGCAUAUUCCGCGAAAUCGAUAUAUCGCCGAGUCUACCCUCACUCAGGUCACCCACGCUGGAAUUCAAUGGCCCAGUUUAAUCCGCGCCCGGUUGCUGGUUAAAACGGCGCUGGAUCACGCCAGCCCGUUUUUUCAUGUCGCGUUGCGGAAACCUUCGCUCGACUAUCUUCAAACCAUAUAUGAGCAACCAGACACCGAUCCGGUCCUAAUGUGCAAAUAUUUUGCACUCUUUGCCUUGGGGGAAGCUUACUCGAGCCCCAAUAACCGUAGUAAUCAGGGCUUGGUCCCAGGGAUGGAAUACCAUGCGCGGGCCAUGAACCUGAUUGCCGUCUUGCCGGAGAGGCCUACAAUUGUCCACAUUGAGGCUUUGCUGAUACUGGCCUUAUUCAGCCAGUUUCUUAACCGAUGGCAUUCCGCCUAUCUCAUGGUUGGUAAUGCUCUGCGCUUUGCACUAUUGGUGGGUUUGAACCACAAUAUCCCCGACAAUCAGUGUCCAGAUCCAACAGCGCGAGAACAUCGUCUCCGCCUCUGGUGGACAAUAUAUAUCUUUGAUCGGUUCUGGGGACUCAAAUUGGGGUUACCGGUGCAGCUCAGCGACGAUGAUAUUCAUGUUGGCCUACCCAUGGAUCUUGACACUCCGACCUAUACCGAAGACUUCGUCCCCAGUUUGUACCAGGUUGCUUUCAUCAAACUGGCCCAGAUCUCCACCCGCAUUAUGCGAACCAUCUACAGCCGCACGCAAUUCACCGAGACUUUUCUCCAAAGGGAGCAGCGGCUCCUGAUUGAACUGCGACAGUGGAUGCAAUCCUUACCCGGCCCUCUGCGACUACAGACAAAUCAACCCAACCCAAAGGGUAACAUUCUGAUCCAUCUCCAGUUCAACUACUGCGUAAUCCUUGCCAUCCGACCCAUCCUCCUCAGAAUCCUCGACAACCUCGCUCUCAGCCCGCAAACCACCAUUUCCCCUACCCUCGCAGCCUUGAAGGAUGCAUGCAUCCAUUCAGCCCGACACAUGCUGGUCCUCUGCGCCGACGAAUGGACCAACGGGUCUUCCGCAACGUACGGAUACGCCUUUGCACAGUAUAGCUUCACCGCCGCGCUCAUCCUGAUCAUCGCAUGCCUCGUCCCCGAUGGCGGCGUUGGAAAUACCGCGGUAGAAGAUCUGACCUCCGUCCAGACCGCCACCGAGAUGCUCAGCUCCUUCGCAGCAAACGGCAGUCUCGUGGCCGACGACCUCUACCGACAUCUUGUCCGUGCACAACAAUGUCUACGCACCGGGCGCUUUGCAUCGCAGGUGCCGUUUCACCCAUCCCACCACAGUAGCUCCUACGGACCACCAUCUGCCGGAAUGCAGUGGCCAAUCUUCCCAUCUAUCGUCGCGUCGUCCACCCCCGGUAGAGGGGCAGGGGAUGUCUUGUCCCGGAAUGCGGAAACGGCGCUAGAUGAGACACGAAUACAGGAAUUCGUCGCCCAGCCGGCGGAGGACCUCGGACUGCUGGAUUCUCUGGACAUGAUGUCAGGAUCGGAGUUGGAUAUGUGGUUGGGGCUUCCUUUGUGGACUCCUUGA